GUUAGGUUAGAAGCUAAAAAGGCUAGUGCUAGUAGUUUUAGUUAGUUUCGUUGUGCUUGUGCAAUUAACUACUAAUUAAAUAGUGAGUAAAGUAAAGGUUAAUAAUGAGUAAAGGUUGUAGUUAAAGCCAAGCUCCAACUGCGAAAGCUUACUUCAUCUUAAGUUAGUUGACUUAGCCUAGGCUACUUUCUUACUUUAUACUAUUCCUCUUAUUUUUUACUAGGCUAAUUGAAAUAGGCCUCUAGUCCUAGGCUACCUUAUGGCUUCAAUAAAAUGGCAGGAUUUUUUAGACGUGUUAACGAGGAAAGCAAUAGAUACCAAAACCAUUCAUGACUUUAGAUUCCCAAUUAGAGAAGAGGACAAGUUUCAGUAUUGUCUAAAACUGAAUAGAAACUAUUUGGAGGAGUGGCUUGCCGAUAAAGUAAAAACUAAGCCAAAAUCAGCCAACGAGUCUGCAAAAUAUCGUUCAGAAGGCAACAAGGCGUAUUGUGAAAGGAAUGAUGAAGAAGCGUUAACAAUUUAUAAUCUAAGUGUCAGUGCUGCUCCUUAUGAGUCAACAGAAUUCGCCUUAGCCCUAGCCAACAGAUCAGCUGUACUCAUGAGAUUGAAAUACUAUGAGGAAGCUGCCAGAGACAUAGAUUUGGCUCUGCAGAACAAGAACGAUGCUGUUCCAACCCAGAAGCUUCUCAUCCGCAAAGUCAUUGUGCUAUAUAAAUUGAAAAUGUACAAAGCCUCUUUGGACAUCAUCAGGACUCUGUAUCCAAAAGAAGACGAAAUAGAUAAAUUGGGCAAUAAGGAAUUAAAGCAGAUAUAUCAUGAUUUGUUGUCUUUAAACAAAACUGAUGAAAAAAAGUCAACACGUAAAAAACCACUUCCAAUACCUGUAGGGGGAUUAAAUAAGGACUUCCCAAGUGCAUCUGCUAAUGUCUCGUUACGGAUCUCAAAAGAAAAGGGAAGGCAUGUUAUAGCAACAGACCACUUGACGGUUGGAGAUAUAAUCUUUGUUGAGAAACCGUUUGCUCUGGUCGUAUUGCCUGAACAGUACGACCGUCAUUGUCACCAUUGCUGCAAGAAGUCAGUUGCUUUCUUACCGUGUAGACAGUGUAGACAGGCUCAGUUCUGUAGUGAGGGAUGUAGACAGACAGCUUGGGACAGCUACCACCGCUGGGAGUGUGGCGGACUAGACAUAUGUCACAGUAUAGGCAUUGCUCAUCUAGGACUGCGGGUCGCUUUACUCUCUGACAACAGUGAUGAAUACGGGAGAGUGGAUCGAUUGGAGACUCAUAUGAAAGAUAUGAAUACUAAAGACCUCUAUCAAUACGCACUUACGGCUGUCCUCCUCACAUUGUAUCUGUACAAACAUACGAGUUUCUUCUUCGACCGGUCAGACAUUUCGGUUAACUCCAUGGGGACUCGGAUAUUUAAACACAUAGCUCAGUUGAUCUGCAAUGGACACGCAAUCACCAAAGUGGACGCAGACAAUGAGACGAAAGGUCGCCUCACCACGACAGAAAGACAAACUAGAAUCGCCACCGCCAUCUACCCUUCAGCCAGUAUGAUGAAUCACUCUUGUGAUCAGAACAUUUCUCACAGUUUCAUCAAUGAAGUUCUGGUUGUCCAAGCAUCAAAAAACAUAAUGAGAGAUGAUGAAGUUUUCAACUGUUACGGUCCCCACUAUUCCAGCAUGAAACGAAAAGAUCGCCAGAAAGCACUCUGGGACCAAUACUUCUUUGACUGCUGCUGUAACAGAUGCUCCAAUGACAAUUCGGACGCAUAUUUAGACCAGUUCUUGGCAUUCCGGUGCACCUUCUGUGCAGGUCCAGUGGUGGAAGGGCAUGCGAAAUGUUCUGACUGCGGUCAACAGCAAAUGUUGGUAGAACUGCUCAAUAUGGCGCUCACCGCACAUGAAGGUUUUUGUGAAGGUGAAAGACUAUUGGAGAGUAAUGAAACUGAAAAAGCCCUGAAAAUUUUGGAGAAAAGCGUUACUUUGGCAUCAAAAUGCCUCUAUUUACAUAACUCUGAAUUAAGGACAUACAAAGAUUGUUUGGCUCGUGCUUAUGCUGAUUUGGGCAAAUUUCACGAGGCAGUGGAAAUUGUUGAAGAAUGUUUGGAUUCUGUUGAGAAGCAGUAUGGUCCUUACAGCGUUCAACUGUGUUUUGAACUAAAUAAAAUUAGAGGAUUGAUAGGCUUUGCAACAUCAAAGAUGGCCAAAGAAGGGAAUGCAGAUUCAAAUGAAUACCAUGAAUGGAUGAAAAAGGACAGAUGCUAUUUGGUGAAGUUCCAUGCGAUUUGUAAGAGGAAUGCCGAGUUGGAGAGAAUCGCAAACGAAACCGACUCAGAUUGAGUUGAUUUUUUGUACACCUUAUCCAAUAAACUGUGAUUGUUCCUA